GUAAUGGAUCGUAUAUAUAAAGUAAAAUAACCAUAUAAAGGACUUUAUUCAAUAAUAGAGGGAAAAAAGUGUGUGAAAUAAUCAAAGAAUUGAUAUGAAUGUUAUGAGAUUGACGCUGAACUUUAUAUAGCUACUUUAUCUCCUGUAAAUAAUUGCAUUUACGCUCCCUCGUUGUAUUGUGUACGAGUUUGCAAACAAUUCUAAAGUUUCUUAAUUUUUGCUUAUUUAUUCACCUCAAGUGGGACUCUCUGACACACCAUGUCUUCGCGACAAGAAGAAGAAGUCGAGGAGAAGCCAAAAAUAUCUUUUAAGAAGGUAAAAGGCAAGAGUUUCAGGCGAAGAAGAGACUCGGAUGAUGAGGAGGAACCCGGUCCAGGCGAGGAAGAAUCUUUAUUAGCAAAACUUGAAGAGAGUAAAGAGAUGAGAAAAUUUAGACGUCGGCAGGGAGGUAUCAGUGCGGAGGGACUCUUGGUUGGGGAAAAGGUCGAAAAGAAGGAAGGUCCAGAUGAUGACCCAUUUAAAACUAAGACUGGAGGUAUGCUUGAUUUGAAUCAAGUGAAAAAUGCCAAGAAAUCUGAUGAUGCUUAUGAUACGGGUAUCGGAACGUCCUUCUCAGCAGAAACCAACCGACGUGAUGAAGAUGCAGAAAUGCAAAAGUACAUUGAGGAGAACCUCGCAAAGCGUAAGGGACUUACGUCUGUGGAAAAACAGGAUGAGACCCCAAGACACCUGACCCUUGAGGAAGCAGCUUUGCAUGCUGUCCCAGAUAUCUUAAGGGUUUCAACGACUAAGAAGAGUGAGGAGAUGUUGAGUAACCAGAUGUUGAGUGGUAUUCCUGAGGUGGAUCUGGGGCUUGAAGCAAAGAUCCGGAACAUUGAGGCAACAGAGGAAGCCAAACAGAAACUGCUUCGCGAAAGAAUGAUGAAGAAAGAACGACCCUCAGAAUUUGUUCCCAAGAACAUGGCUGUCAACUUUGUACAACACAAUAGAUUUAAUCUUGAGGAGGCUGGGCCAGCAAAGAAAAAGGAGAAGAAGGUGCAGGAAAUUGUGGAGCCUGUAGUGGGUGGCGGAGUCAAGAUCUCAACCAUAGCCCCUAAAAGACCCCCAGGAGAGAAGGCCACGGACGACUUCCAUUAUGAAAAAUUCAAGAAGCAGUUCAGACGGCAUUAGCCCGCGGUUAUUUUAUUGUUUUUUUUAUUUUAUUAUUAUUUUUUUAUAUAUAUAACAGGGAUUUAUUACAUACAUUAUCCAGGUUGAUUUGUAAUUUGGAAAUAAAACGUAUGUUAUCUGAAUUGUUGUUUAAUCUUGUAACUAAAAUAGAAGAUACAAUGCACUGGUGUUUUUUCUUACACAUUAAAGUAAUAAACCACAAUAGUAUAUGAAAAUAAUUUAAUAGCAUACAGUAUAGGUAAAAUAAAUAUCUGAAGCUUCUUGAGGCAAUUAAUGGAUGUUAAAGAUGCUAGUGUUACAAAA